AUGAGGAGCGGCCCCGAGCGCAGGGGCAGCAGCGCCGCGGCGCCCCCCGGCUCGCCGCCCCUCGGCCGCGCGCGCCCUGCCGGCCCCGACGCGCCCCCGGCCCCGCCGCCGCCCGCCGCCGGCCAGCCCCGAGCCCGGGACUCCAGCGAUGCCCGCGCGCAGCCGCGCCCCCUGUUUCAGUGGAGCAAGUGGAAGAAGAGGAUGGGGUCCUCCAUGUCGGCGGCCGCAGCGCGGAGGCCGGUGUUUGACGACAAGGAGGACGUGAACCUGGACCACUUCCAGAUCCUGCGUGCCAUCGGGAAGGGCAGCUUCGGCAAGGUGUGCAUCGUGCAGAAGCGGGACACAGAGAAGAUGUACGCCAUGAAGUACAUGAACAAGCAGCAGUGCAUCGAGCGUGAUGAGGUCCGAAAUGUGUUCCGGGAGCUGGAGAUCCUGCAGGAGAUUGAGCACGUCUUCCUGGUGAACCUCUGGUACUCAUUCCAGGAUGAGGAGGACAUGUUCAUGGUGGUGGACCUGCUGCUGGGGGGGGACCUGCGCUACCACCUGCAGCAGAACGUGCAGUUCUCGGAGGACACGGUGAGGCUGUAUGUCUGUGAAAUGGCGCUGGCCCUCGACUACCUGCGCGGGCAGCACAUCAUCCACAGAGACGUGAAGCCCGACAACAUUCUGCUGGAUGAGCGAGGACACGCGCACCUGACUGACUUCAACAUCGCCACCAUCAUAAAGGACGGCGAGAGGGCAACCGCGCUGGCCGGGACCAAGCCGUACAUGGCUCCGGAGAUCUUCCAGUCUUUUGUCAACGGUGGGACUGGCUACUCCUUCGAAGUGGACUGGUGGUCAGUGGGGGUGAUGGCCUAUGAGCUGCUGCGAGGAUGGAGGCCCUACGACAUCCACUCGAGCAGCGCCGUGGAGUCGCUGGUACAGCUGUUCAGCACCGUGAGCGUCCAGUACGUGCCCGCCUGGUCCAAGGAGACGGUGGCCCUGCUGCGCAAGCUGCUCACCGUGAACCCCAAGCACCGCGUGUCCAGCCUGCAGGAUGUGCGGGCGGCCCCCGCUCUGGCCGGCGUGCUGUGGGCUGAGCUGAGCGAGAAGAAGGUGGAGCCCGGCUUCGUGCCCAACAAAGGCCGCCUGCACUGUGACCCCACCUUCGAGCUGGAGGAGAUGAUCCUGGAGUCGCGGCCGCUGCACAAGAAGAAGAAGCGUCUGGCCAAGAGCAGGUCCCGGGAUAGCAGCAGGGACAGCUGCCCAUCGGAGAAUGACUACCUUCAGGACUGCCUUGACGCCAUCCAGCAGGACUUUGUGAUUUUUAACAGAGAGAAGCUGAAGAGGAGCCAGGACCCCACGCCCGAGCCCGGGGACGCGGCGGAGGCCUCGGCGGACAGCGACGGCGUGCGCUCGGCCUUGCCCACCUGCGGCGCCAUCUGCCCCUCAGCCGGGAGCAGCUAG